AUGGCCGGAGGACGGAGAGGUCCCGGCAGGCCUCAGCUGAGCCGGACGGCCCCGCCACCACCGAUGCACGCCACAAAUGUGCUGGGAAACUCGGCGCAAACGACCAUGACCACGACCAUUCGACACAGGAAUGGACCGGGAGCCAUGGCAACCAGCACCCCGCUCACCACCCUCAUCACCAUCACGCCCAUCCAACACCCGGUUAUCCCCGUCCUGCCAGUAGAGGGCAGCCUGACCUUUGAGGUCACCGUGGUGCUGUACCUAUUGACAGUGCUCUUCCUGCAGUAUGUGAACAUCUACAAGACGGUCUGGUGGCUGCCUAUGUCACCAUCCCAGACUGCAAUGAACCUGUAUUUGAUUGACCCAUACCUUGUGAUGUUCAUCAUCAUUGUUCUGACAAGACGCCUUGUCUGGAGCUUCAUUAUGGAGGUUUACAAAGAUGCCAAGGUCUUCUCUGUCCUGUACUACCUGGUCAAAUCCAUCAAGUUUAUCCUCAGCACAGGAGUCCUGGGAUUGGCUGUGUGGUCGCUAUGUAAACUGUUCCUUAGCAACUCGCCACUCAAUCUGUUCUUCCUGGCAUACCCCCUGGUGUCGUACUUCUUACUUUACGGCCUGACCUUUGACCUCAACAAGUCCGUCUUCGCUGUCAUCGUCAACAAGCUCUGGCCGCGGGGCGAGGCCGCUACCAAUCACACCUCCCCCCUCGACAAAUCCAUCUCUGCCUCCCCGCCCUGCUCCCCCUCGCCACACUCCACCUACGAGACCACGCAGCACAAGUGCACCCACGUGCCGGUCGAUGUGCGCAAAGAGGCCGACGUCCUGAAGUACGACUUCAACGCCCGCAUGAAAAACGUUCUCUUCAAUUCCAUGGUCUGUGCCUAUUAUGUAGGCUUUGUGCCUAUCUGUUUUCUUCAGCCGUCCAUGUACCUUGACCUGUGGUGGGCGUGUCUCAUGAUCGCAUUCGUCUGGAUCAACUCCUUCAUCAUGUUCAGCUCCCACUUCUUGCCAGCGUACUACUGCGACGCUUUACACCGCUGCUCCUUACACCUGGGCAAGUGGCAGAAGGUGGACCACGGGUACAGCAACACCCCACAACACUUAUGGUCUGAUGCCACCGUGUGGCCCCAAGGCGUGCUGGUGAGAUACAACAAAGGGCUGUACAAGGCGAUGGGACAACAGAACGUGGCUCUUCCAUCAGACGGAUCCUAUGCCAGAUUCUAUUUUAUGUUCCAUCAGCCGCUGCGAGUCCUGAAUGGCCUCCUGUGCCUACAGAUCGCCGUCAUCCUGUUCCAGCUCUAUCUCCUCUUCAUGCACUCUCACUGGAAUCACGUCAUCUCUCUCUCCUUGCUGCUCUUCUGUAACUACUACGUCCUCUUCAAGCUGCUGAGGGACCGGAUUAUCCUGGGCAAGGCUUACCACGUCAAGGAAGAAGAGGUGGAAUAGCAGAAUGGAGUUUAUAAGUAAUGCCUCACCCACAAUGAGCACCACAUGUUAUUGCACUCUUUCCCUGGUAUGUAAUAUUUAUAGGUGUAUGUACUACAAGAUAGUGCACAUGUCCAUUCCAAUGCACAAAGUCGUGAAGCCACUGUGAGUCAUAUGUUGGGCCCCCAACAUGGCUGCCGCUUCAUGUAUCGUCAGACCCCCUAAAGCUACGCGUUCGUAUUUCUACGCAUUCACCUUCAAUUUGUGUGUGACAACGUGCCCGCAUUGCGCAAGUGUUACCUGCGCAGAUUAUGGAAGGUCGUGGAUAGCCCAAAAUAGUAAACUACACUUUAUUUCUGAGUGGGAAAAAAUACAAUGAAAAAAAAAGCAUGAAAGCAUGUAGUCCACAACAGCUGGGGUGCAUGUAAUUCAUCUAUGCUGUGUAAAUGCAAAUCAAGAAAUUGAAGCACAGAUGUGUAUACAUUUUGACCCCCAAACAUGGCACCCUUGGGGCUUCAGCCCGUGACCUUGAUGCACUAUCCAGUCAGUAUAUAGAGAUCACUGGCCCACACACAGGCACAUCCAGCAGGGAGUUUCAUCCCACAUUACCCCACAAAUUCUGAAGCCAUGAAUCGUGGCACCAUUCUCCACAACUUGUUUGAAAGAUCAUGCGGCAUAUUGUGGUGUAACAUACCAACAGCAGUAAACAAAGUAAUGUAGUGACUACAGUCUGUCGUAUUUCCAAAUUUUGCUGCAUGGGACAAAGUAUUUUGACACCACACUUUACCACAGCUGUGGCGUAUUUGGGUGUCUAACAGGGUAGUCCAAAACCAACUUUUAAAGCUUUAGCGUUAGCACAUGAAGUCAUACAAUCAUGCUAGGUGAUUCCACUUUCAAAGUUUGCAAGAAAAAUUGCCUUGAAAUGUUGUAAUUCGUCAUCAAUUUUGUCACUCGCUUUUGUGACUUUCAACCCAAAGUUGUCUUUAGAACGCCUUGUAAUAUUUUAAAGAGAACAUGAAUGCUUGUAAAUAGCCUUUCAGUAUUAUUUUUGCUUCAAAUUCUUCUAGGUUUUUCCAUUCUUAUUGCAAGAGUGGAAACUUCCUCUUUCACGAAAUAUCUGCUUGUGUUCAACCAGUAGUUUUUAAAAAAUGGUGGCAGAAGUGUUCCUCUCAUUAAUCAAUUCUUCUAGUGGCUGCAUGUAAAAUAUGGAAAGAGGUUUUUUUGUUUGUAGAAGUUUUUAUGAGAAGGAAAUGUAGUAAACAGAUAAAUGGUUAAUGAAUAUAAAUUUGCUUAUGAGAUGGAAUUUGAGUCGGAGAGAGGUAAAAUUGGAAUUGGGUUUUGCCGUUCGCCGACAUAUUUAUUUUUAUAAAUUCUGUUACUCAAUAUUGUCCGAGGGCUUGCGAGUAAAUGGUCACAAGCUCACUCGGAUGGGACUCGAACCCACGACCUCCUGCUUACCAGUGCGGACGUCUUACCACUCGACCACCGAGCUUACUGGGGUUGGCUGGCCGGUUCGAGUUGGAUGUUGCAGCAAGUAUCGCAACCAAACUUGUAUUAGUAAGCUGGAGGUCUUGGGUUCCAGCCCCAUCCAAGUAAGCACGUGAAGAUGUUGGACAACACUCAGUAUGCAGUGUUUAUUAAAAAAUAUAUGUUGGCGAUAAAAUAAAAUAAAUUUCCUUAAUUAGAUAUUCAAUGAAUAUUCAUAUUAAUUAUAGACAAUGAAUAUUUACCUUUCUGUUCUUAAUUUGUUCUAGCUGGUUCCCAAGCCAAUUUGAAGGCGCAAGUUUUAAUGAAAUAUCUCCACAAACCGGCCUUUAAACAAUUUAACUUCAAAUUUUAAAACCAGUCACUGCGUUCAGAAAAUCUUCCAUAAUCCUCCGUAAUUGACCAGAGUAAUGGCACCCUUGUACUCAAAUUUUGAAGACCCAUGUCGUCUAACAGUGGCUGGGCUAUAACUACCUCAAUCCUACAAAAUCCUCUUAAAAAACCCUCAUGGAUUUUGAAGGUUUGGAAAGGGAUAGGGUUAAAGGAAACCCAACACAUUGGGCAGCCGUCCUGUUCCCUCAAUUUUGUCAAGUUUUUAAAUCAAAGUUAAUCUCAAAUACAUUUUUUUGAAUUCCUUGAAUAAUAUGACGUAUUUUUGUGACUGUACGAAAGGAGAUUUUGUUCAAUUUUUAAUGCAUUAUGGAUACUUCCCAUUGAUUCGUUGCGAUUGCUUUUUCAUCUUGAUUUUUUUGAUUCCAGGUUCCAGUUUUCCAUUUGUUUUGAUUCAAAUGCCCUCUUCCAACGUUAUCGCAGAAAAUUCCAGAUUCUCUUCCCAAUUUUGUGGAGUUUUUUUUUAUGAUACCUUGUGUAAUGUACCGUACAUGAAAACUUGAAGUAAAUUUUGAUAUGAUUAUUAGAAAUAUUGGGUAUGAUGUCAAACAUAUCCAGGUUGCGUGCACAAUGUUGUUCUCAGUGAUAUGUUAAGGGUGUUGGCGUGGUUCUAGUUAUUGAGGACAAGAUUUUGAAACUGUACUUAAAACAAAAGAAAAUAAACAAGCAAACAAACACAAGUCAUUGAAAAUAAACAAACAUUACCUGUAGAUGUAUGAAAGCUAUACAUCUCUCAACAACAGACAAUCAAAUAAAAAAUACACACUUUGAAAAUAAAACUAACCCAGAAAACUGAACCAAAACAUCUGUAAGGUUCAAAAACAGAAAUGUUAUGUUGCUUCCUUGAGGAUAAAAUGUUUUAUUUUUUACAGGGCCAAAGUAGAUGCUUUUUAUUGAGCUUUAACUACUUAGAUGUGGUUGUCAUGUAUUUAGAUACUGUAAUUAUGUAGCACAGGCAAAUAUUAUGGUUUAAGCAAAGUAGUGAUUAUAUUUAUUAAAAAGAUCAUUGCUUCCAUGCAGAACAACUUUUAU